GGAGCUCAGCGUGGGCGCAACAAAUUGCGUCGAUCCUUCACUGUCACCUGCAGGUGAAGGGAACACCUGUCGCCGGCGGGAUUCAGGGAGAAAACGCUCGUACUCCGGGUAGUUUGCAUCGCCACAAAGGAACGAGGCCCUGCUUUUGGUUUGACGGUCAGUGACCCGGGCUCCACGCGGAGCCAAGUCAGGCACAAGACGGACUAAACCAGGACCAUGCGACGGAUGUGUUCUUAAAAAAGGAAAGCCACCGGCGGCCGUCGGACACCGUCGUACGGGUAGGACUGAACAUGCUGCAGGUUGUAUGAGUGACAGAUAUGGGGCCAGUGAGAUCAUAUUUGCAGACUUUCACUGUGUUGGCAGCUUUUUGCCUAUUUUCAGUGUCUACUGAAGGUGUGAGGCCGGAGGUGCGUGGAAAGGUUGGAGGUGUGGUGGAGUUGGUGUGUAGUUUUCCUCCAUCAGACCCAGCUGCUGUGUCCUCUGCAUCUCUGCAUGUGGUAGAAUGGGUUCGACAGGGACUCGACAUCCCUGUCUUGAUCAAAUUUGGAUCCUACGUGCCUCGGGUCCAUCCACAAUAUGAGGGGCGGGUGUCUCUGGUACAUAUCACCACCCUGAGGCUGCAGGGCCUGCAACUGGAUGAUCAGGGCUUGUACGAGUGUCGAAUCCUCUUACUGGAUAAACCCACAGAUGAGCUGCGAAACAGCACCUGGACUCUGCUUUCUGUAACCGCUCCACCCACCUUCACCGAAGCCCCGCCACCCAUAGUGGAGGCUCUGGUCGGAAGUCACCUGUCGCUUGCCUGUGUUGCCGUUGGCAACCCUCCUCCGAGCAUUACCUGGUUAAAAGGUGGCAGUGUGCUUCAAAGAGUAAAUUAUCAGGAGGGAGCCUUAUCGCUGCGAGGAGUGAGCAUGCAGUCAGCAGGCCAGUACAGCUGCCACGCCUCCAACUCUGAGGGGAACGUGACUCGCGUGACAAAAGUGAAGAUCAAAGGUCCGCCCGUCAUUGUCAUCCCUCCCAAAAGCACCUCAGUCAACAUGUCCCAGAAUGCACUUCUUCAGUGCCAGGCAGUGGCCGACCCCCCCAACAUGACCUACGUGUGGCAGAAAGGCGGAGAAAACGUCUAUCACAUAGAGUCUUUGAAAACGCGAGUGAGGAUCAUGGUCGAUGGAACUCUGCUCAUCUCCAGUCUCGUCCCCGAAGAUUCUGGGUCCUACACCUGCAUGCCGACCAAUGGCCUGCUGACCCCACCCACCGCCUCUGCAAACCUCACAGUGCUGCACCCAGCCCUGGCUCUUCAAAUGCCUCAGGAAACGUACCUUCCCACAGGUAUGGACGGCGUGGUUACCUGCCCAGCGGCAGCUCAGCCUCCGCUGCUCCGUGUGGAUUGGACGAAGGACGGAGAACCACUUGACCUGUACUUGUAUCCAGGGUGGACCUUGACCCCAGAGGGCUCUUUGUUCAUGGCCACAGUCAAUGACGAUGCAGCAGGCGUGUACACGUGUACCCCCUACAACAGCUACGGCAGCAUGGGUUCCUCUGGGCCAACCAAUGUAAUUCUUCAGGACCCCCCAUCAUUCAGCGUCACUCCAGAGAAACAGUACAAACAGGAGGCUGGUAGGACCCUGCUCGUCCCCUGCCAAGGAAAUGAUGAUCCAACAAUUAAAGUCACCUGGAGCAAGGUCAACGUGGCACGUCGCAUCUCUUACUCCAUAGAACCCAACGGUUCCUUGCUGCUGCAGCCUCUCACUAAGGACCACCAGGGGGGGUGGGAGUGCAGUGUUGCUAACCGUGUAGCCUCGGUGAAGGCCAGCACACAAGUCUUUGUCCUGGGAACCAGUCCCCAUGCGGCUACCUCUCUGUCCGUCUCUCCAGGGGUGAAGCAGGCCAACAUAUCCUGGGAGGCAGGCUUUGAUGGAGGAUCAGCACAGACAUUUUCAGUUUGGGUGAAGAAGAUUUCAGCGAGUGAUAGUGAUGGGAAGCAGGACUGGUUCUCUGUGCCUGUGCCACUGUCCUCUGGCACCAGGCUACAGGUGACAGGCCUGUCUCCUGCCACCGGCUACCAUUUCAGCAUCAUGUCUCAAAAUAAAAUGGGAACGGGACCCUUUAGUGAGAUCACCACCACGCGUACCUUGGAUCCUCCACUGAGGAGAGGUAAACUAAAGUGUCCUGCCUCGCUGUCAGCUGAUCAGGGCACAGCAGGUGUUGUUCUGCGAUGGUCCCUUCCUGAAGCUCAGCACCCUCCGAUCACAGGCUUUGUUCUCCAAUCCCGCACCAAGCAAGGGGAGUGGUUUAAUUUGGUUGAGGACAUCAGUGCCAACACUAGUGAGAUAGUCGUUCCAGGUCUGCACAAGGACUGUGUGUACGAGCUGCGGCUGCUAUCUCGUUGCGGGGAGAUGCUGAGCGAGCCCAGUCCAUCAGUCAAUGUCUCCACCGUCGGGAUGGAGAUCUACCCCGGCACAUCCCGACUCCUGGAGUUUGUCCCAGAGCCAUUACUGGCUGGCGUGCUGGGCGGGGUUGGCUUCAUGUGCUUGGCACUGAUCUUGCUGCUGGGGUCCGCCUUUGUCAUCAGCCACAAGAGGGACCAGCGCCACAGAAAGAAGAAGGAUGAGCCCCCUCCAGCCAUCUAUAAAUGCUCCCCAUCAAUAAAGACUUCAGGCACCGGCAGUCCAGACAGUGUGUUGAAGAAAAACUUACUUCCAGCCAGCACCCUCUAUCCCACCACUUCCUCUACUACCACCACCUCCUCCUCCUCGCAGACAGACUGUUCCUCCUUUAGCACUGAGAAUCAUCGUCGGCGGAAGCAUCCUCCGUCCAACUACAGCAGGGGCCGCCUUACUAAGACAACUUCUUCUCUGAUUUCUCCUUCAAUUGAGUUGAUAUCUAGAGGUCCAGAUGGUCGUUUUGUACUUCCACCAUAUGACAAUGAAACUUUUUCUGUUCAAAGCAGGAAAAGUGUAAGGUACGACCAAGUCCGAAGGUCUGUGUCACUGCACUCUGGAGGGGAAGACAGGAAAGAGCUACCUUUUGUUCUCUCUGUUGAUCUCCCACCUUGCAAACCAGUGGAGGCUAAUUCCACAAGCCAAAUCUGUGGCAUAGUCCAGCACCUGCCCCAUCAGAAUCCUUAUGUCUUGGAUCAGAAGGCAAGCUAUGAUGACUUUCCCAACCUUAGCUGUUUGGCCACAGGUCAUCGAGACCGGGAACUAAUUCCCACAUUUCCAGUGCUCCCACAUAUUCGAUCUGGCCUAGGUCAGCGGUCUACGACUGCCAGCACCCUGGUGCUCCAAAUGGAGCAUGAGCGGGAGAGAGCGAACCUGAGUCGCUGCUUGAAACUGGCUCAGGAGAGGGAGGAGCUGGAGAGGGAGCUCCAGAAUUACACACUGGAAAGAGGCUCUAUGAGAGAAAUGAAGAGGGAGCAGCCAGACUUGGACAGAAGAGAUGCUGGUGACAAUGAGUUUGUCUUCGAAUAUAAGAGCAGUACCUUGCCGCAGAGCUACCUCCAAGGGACCAAGAAGAGCUUUGGUCUGUCCCCAAGCCCUUACGCUUCAUCCUCUGUCCACUGGGAUGCCCGUCCUCCUGUCUCUCCUCCAACUCUGACCCCAGCCAAGACUUGUUUCAGUGCAUCUUCACCUGUGAGUCUCUCUUUUUUUAAGUCUGGCAACCAUCAUCUUGCUCCAUCCUUCACCAAACACAACCCCCUCCGAUUUGAGGAGGCAGGCAGUUUUUCCAAAGACAGAUUAACUAUCCCACAUUUCUCCUCAAAGCACCAGGAACAUGAAAGGGUAGAGGCAUCACCAGAGGGCUAUGAUAAUUCACCACAUUCCACAGUCUUAGAAAUGCAAACAAAUGAUUCAGGGUCUGAUGCACGUAGACAGAACAGUCUGAGUCAUGGCAGCCUUUCAACGUUGUCUUUCCAUAGCAAUAAAUUUACCAAAAGUUCUAAUUCGGCUCUUGAUGCAGUGCCAGACUCUUUAAAAGGAGAGGCAUCAUUCUCCAGGUCCACUGAUGAGGAUGUGUGUGUUGAGAUGAGUGUGGAUGAGCCAGAGUUGGAGAUGUGUGUGAUGUGGCCUAAAAAGCCAAUGCUUCACCACAAAAACGCCCCUCAUGUGCAACAAGGGUGCUCGCUGACUCGCAGAGAAUGGUAUGAAGACAUGACAUGCCCUAGACCUGCUUCUGUGGACCAUAUUAUCAGGGUCCCAGCAUCUCCACAACCUUCAGAACCAGAACUCUGGAGAGCUGUGACUAAAGGCUCUAAAUUCUGGGACUCUAAGCAGCGAAGUCAGAGCCUAGACUUGAGGCGACAGAGAGAGAGCAAUUUCCCAACCCCUGAUGUGUGGAUAGACUCACUCAGCCAAGAGAACAGCUCUGUUGCAUCUUCCUGUCAGCCAGACACACUGUUCUGGGAACCCCAGAGCUUUCCUACCAGGAAGAUCGCCAAGUCUCCUGCAAAUUCUCCUUCUGCUACCCAAGCUGCCUCCCAUUUACCUCCUGCUGUGGACUCUUUAUCCGCAAAGAGCAGUCCAGAGAUGUCCAAACCAAAUCCUGAUGUGCCUUGCCACUACAAGUCAAGAAGAGAGGUGUCAGUCUUUCCAAAUGCUGCCACAUGGCGAAAUACCUACCAUCAGGAGGCCAUGAAAGAGGCAGAAGGUUACUCUGAGGCCAUGAAGGAAGCUUGCAGAUUCUUAUCCCCAGACAACAGUGAUCAAGAGGUAGUGGAAGCAAAACGCCAAGAUGGAGUGCUAGAGUCUGGGAGCAGCUACAGCAGUUAUGCUAGCAGCGGCCGAGGCAGCAUGGAGCCUGCUAAUGGACGCCUGUCUUUGUGUCAACUUUCCCCAACCAUCACCAGCUCACCUGAGACUGUAGAAGAGAGCCAGGGGAGUACAGAGGACAAGCGCAGUCACCAAAUGGAACAAAGCCAAAGGAGAAAGGCCUCUGUUGAUGAGAAUUAUGAGUGGGAUGCUGCUGAUGCCUAUUCACAGCCUGGAGAUCGUGAUGUUGAUGAGGACAUGGGUAGGGAUGCAGCAGGUCACUGGACAAGGAUGUGGCAUCAACUGAUGAAGGGAAAUUGUAUUCAGUAUUUCUCAUCUUCAAAAAGAAGUCAAGAAAUGUGACUAUAUAAAACUUCUAAUAGGCUUUUGGAAUUAGCAGAUCUGCCCAUAAGUUGUGUACAGGAAAAUGUAAUUCAGCAACUCCCGUAUCAGCAUCAAUGUGCAAGCUAAAUUAUCCACAUCAACUGCCUUCCAAAUAGCCAAUGAGUAAUGACUUCCUCCUCAAGCAUCAUUUACCUGUAGGGCCUUGUGUAAAUGAUUCACAAGCCACCCUCCAACAGUUAGCAUCAAAUAUGUCCUCAUCUGCAAGGGGGAGUGGCAAUAUUAGCCCCUUUAUCACCAAAUAGUUCCAGGCACUAUGGGGCCACAGGAACUAAACUUGGAACUAAAAGUCCCAUUUUGAGCACUCCUGUUUGCGUUUCCGUCACAUCUGAAGCACCGUGAGGAUUAUUAAAAUUUGUCGAUUAAAUUAAAAUUGAUGGUGCCAUUACUUUAGCAUGACUCUAUGAUGUAUGAUAUCUGAUGUUUGAAUGGAUGUAAUGUAUGGGUGUAAAGGAGACAUGCAGAGGUGGAAAAGGAGACUGAAAACUCCAAUGUUUUUUGGUUAUUUAUGUAUCUGCUUUAGAAAACAUUGGAAAGAAAAAAUUCAAAGUUUUAUUUCUUCUUUACUCGCUACCUGUCUAGAUCGUGUCAUGCUCUGUUUAGACUACUCAGGAAGCCGACUUUUUUUUAAUGUUAUUAAAAACAUUACAAGAAAUGUCGACCUCUUAUCCUAAUAUUGCAACAAGUCCUCCAAAUAAAACAAAAAAAUAUGUUGUUUGUAACUGCCUUUUAAGUGGACACACACAAGCAUUUUCUGAUCUGACCUCUAUCGAAAGGAAGGCCUUCCAAAACCGUUACAAAUCUCUGAUGAAAAAUAGACCUAUUUUAUGAUGUGACAAGCCUGUAGUUCAGGGAAACAUCAUGGUUUGGGUUAAAACUUUCAUUGAGGUUAGGUCACCUUCAUUAUCAAGGUUACGAUGGAACGAUUGUGUUCAUUGUUGGGGAAAAAACAAAAACGUCAACUGUUCGAAACAGAAACCAAACAGCAAACCCCCUUGUUAAAGUCUGAUGUUUUUAUUGACUCAUCUGUCCACCUCGACCUCCUCCCUACGCAGACUUUGUCGCUGAAUGAUAACAAUACAAUAACGAUUGAACGUUUUGGGACACUUGCUGAAAUAAAGAAUUUUGUUUCUUUUUUGGGACAGUCUCAUUAUAGAUACUAG